UGCAACUCUGCAUGGCGUAUAUUUUUUCUGACGUUUUAAUUUCCAUCCAAGCACAUUACAAUUUAUUUCGGAGUUUUUCGUAAAAGUAAACUAAUUGAAAUGAGUAAUAUUUUGUGUGAUGGUCUUUUGGACGGGGAAUGCGAUUUUAACGGCAUUCCGAUGCGCGCCUUUGACCCAUACGAACACGAACUGAACCCCGACUUUCGUCUAACACGUUUCGGCGAUCUGAACGAGCGCAGCCAGAAGACGCCCAAGGACAAGAUCUCGGAACUGAUGUCGGCCAGCAAAUCAAGCGGGGAGCUGGAUGCUGCAGGCGAGAAGGAAGCGAUGCCGGAACCGCAGCAGCUACUCCCCGGACUGGACAUCACCGGCCAUGGCUCGAUUGUGCUGAAGCAAAUGCCAAUGUUCGGCAACCUCCAUCUGGUGCAGACCACCGACUUUUGCUACCCGAUCAUCGACGAUCCCUACCUAAUGGGCAAGAUAGCGUGCGCCAAUGUGCUCGGGGAUAUGUACGCCAAGGGCGUUGUGGCCUGCGACAACAUGCUGAUGCUGCUGGCCGUGAGCACGCUCAUGACGGAGAAGGAGCGCGACACCAUACUGCCGAUGAUGAUGCGUGGCUUUAAGGAGUGCGCCAUGAAGGCGGGUACCAAUGUUACUGGCGGCCAGAGCGUGGUCAAUCGCUGGUGCAUCAUUGGCGGCGUGGCCACGUCUGUCUGCCAGGAGAUCGAGAUCAUUCAGCCGCACAACGCUGUACCGGGCGAUGUCCUGCUGCUGACCAAGCCACUGGGCACACACGUGGCCCUGAAUGUGCACAAGUGGAUGACUUCUCAGGGCGAGAGAUGGCAGUACCUGAAGGGCAACUUCAGCGAGGAGGAUGUAGCCAAGGCUUUUAACAUGGCUGUGAGAUCGAUGUGUCGCCUCAAUCGCACCACCGCUCAACUGAUGCACAAAUAUGGCGCUCAUGGGGCCAUCGCCAUUGCUGAACACGGAAUCCUGGGCCAUGCCGAGGCCCUGGCCGCUCGACAGCAGCGGGAUGUGGCUUUCUCCAUCUACAACAUGCCGGUGAUCGACAAGAUGGCAUCGGUGGCUACCAACUGCGGCGACGGCUUCCAACUGAUGCGUGGACGUGCCCCCGAGCAUUCCGGAGGUCUGCUCAUCUGCAUGCCGCGUGAGGAGGCCACCGAAUUCUGCAAGGAAAUCAUCAAAGUGGAAGGACCCAACGCUCGCUCCUGGAUCAUUGGCAUCGUGGAGAAGGGGGACAAGACUGUCAAUUUCGUAAAGCCACGCGUCCUCGAUGUUAAUAUAUAAGCGAAGUUCCUUUUUUUUUACAACAUUUAUACAAACAUUUUACACAUUUAAAUGCCAUAAAGAUAAUCCGUUUCCGGAUUGCGCAUUUAUUAAACACAAAUUGGAA